AUGAUCACCCUCGGCCAUACAGCACGCAUAUAUCCACGACCGGCCGGUUGGUCGGAUGGAGGCCAUGCGGCCAUGGGUGAGUGGGAUGAAGAGGAGAGGGUAAACAAUCCAGGCAAAUAUGGUCUAAAUGAGGGUGUGGUGCUGGCGCCCACGGCUGCAAACGAACGGCCACAGUUGGCAUUGGCGUCCGAAUUAGCACGUACAUCGCAAGUUGGCAUAGCAACUAAAUCAGGCCUCCAACAGCCAAAGUCACUUUGCUUUCAGGUUGGCCAUGUCUUUGCCGUCGAGCGGAUUGGCCGACUUGAAAGGCGUGACUUUUGGAGGCAAUUCAGGCCAGAGGCGAGUGGUUGCGUGUGUUUCAGGUGGGUAUGCCCAUUGAGUGAUUGCGUCACACGAGGACGGCAGUUAAAUAGAAUUUGGUGUAUUGAAGUUCACCCUGGCAACACCACUGGCGGCAUGUUGUAA